AUGUCGGGCACCGCCGAACCUCAUCCUGCGACUGCAGCAAAAGUUUUGCCUUCUCGCAUCACCUUCGACUCAGGCAAUGGAGAUGAGAUAUCUUCGUCUCAUGCUCAAGACCAGCGGUGUCCCUCCGUUUCUCGCAGCUCCCCCGGCUACCGUGUGAAGGGGCCACCAGAACUCAUGUUGGAACAGUUACGGGAUCCCUAUCACCGUCAACGCCUCGUUCGAAAGCCUACGCCACGCAAAGCCGUUCAUUUCGAGCUACACGACCAAGUACAGCAUUUCUUCCCAACUAAUCCACCGGUUACUGUGAAGUCUGAGCCACAGCUUAUGAGAGGAGUCCAUGAGGACUCUGCUCGCAAGCCCCCGAGCCCAAUAACUUCACUCUAUAUUAUACGAUCUCCAUCAACCCGGUGGGAAGUUAUCUGUUCAACUAUAGUCUCCAAGAUCACCGAGAAGACGACCGUGAAGCUAGAGAGACUAUGGAUAUCCGCUGACGAAAAUUGCUUCUUGGGGUCUGUCGCAGUAGCCAAUCUCGCGCAAGAGAAAUCAGUCACUUGCAGGUUUACGUUUGAUCAUUGGGAAACAAUUUCUGAAGUUCGUGCCCAUUACGCACAUGUUACAAGUCAUCAAGCUGAGCUUGACCGGUUCUUGUUCACGCUGAAGCUUCCAAAUGUAGCUCUGGUUCAUCCUGGAAUCAAUACUUUCCACUGCUGCAUUAGAUACAUCGUCAAUGGCCAAGAGUUCUGGGACAAUAACAAUGACCUCAAUUAUCAAGUUAGCUUCAGAAGGAAGGAACUGUCUAAGGAUAUGACAACAUACAAAUCUAUUACGCCCGGUAGGCCAACGCCCAAUGGGCUCUGA